AUGGGUCACCAGCAGCUCUACUAGAGCCACCCAUGAAAAUUCGGCUGGGGUUCUCACUCUUGUUGCGUCUGCUCAAACCAGCAUGGUCUGAUCCUGAAACAUGGCCUCAAUAGGUGCUGCCAGUGUUUCCAUCAGUACAUGAAGGAUAUAGGUUUCAUUAAGUUGGACUAA